GGCCAGGCCAAAGGGCCUCUCACUUAGGAGCUUCUCCAUUCUGUCAGCUCUCCGGGGAACAUCCAAGGCAAGACGGGCAACCAGCACGGGGCAGUGACUGACCACACAUCCCAUUUCCAGGAACCAUGGAGACCUUCAGCUCAAAGAGUCUGGCACUGCAAGCAGAGAAGAAGCUACUGAGUAAGAUGGCAGGUCGGUCCGUGGCCCAUCUCUUCAUCGAUGAGACAAGCAGUGAGGUGCUGGAUGAGCUCUACCGUGUGUCCAAAGAAUAUACACACAGCCGGCCCCAGGCCCAGCGGGUUAUCAAAGACCUGAUCAAGGUGGCUGUCAAGGUGGCUGUGCUGCACCGCAGUGGCUGCUUUGGCCCCAGUGAGCUGGCCCUGGCCACCCGCUUUCGUGAGAAGCUGCGGCAGGGAGCCAUGACAGCACUUAGCUUUGGCGAGGUGGACUUCACCUUUGAGGCUGCUGUAUUGGCCCGCCUGCUGACUGAGUGCCGGGAUGUGCUGCUGGAGCUGGUGGAGCACCACCUUACGCCCAAGUCACACGGCCGCAUCCGCCAUGUGUUUGAUCAUUUCUCUGACCCGAGUCUGCUCACAGCCCUCUAUGGGCCUGACUUCACUCAGCACCUUGGCAAGAUCUGUGAUGGGCUCAGGAAGCUGCUGGAUGAGGGGAAGCUCUGAGAGUCCUGAACCCAACACAUUCCACCUUGGGAAAAUGUCUGACUGAGAGAACAACAGAUAAUGGGCUUUCUAACCCUGCUCAUCUGCACUAACGCUUUUCACUCUUCAGGCUUCAGUCCUUCCCAAGAGUGCUUUUGGCUCUGAGACCACCCCACACCCAAAUGGCUGAUGGAGAAGGAGCAAUGUUGAGGGCUGAGGCCCCUCUCCCGUUUCAAACCCAGGACAGGAAACAAAACUGCCUGAAAAAGAUGAAGUGAAACUUGGAUCUCUAUUUCCUCCAUAAGGGACGUUUGAAAUAGGAAAUCCCCCUCCUCUAUGAACUAAGAGAAGGGGAUACAGUUCAUCUAAUCCCUCUGGGGACACUAAAGACAGAAAGGGUAAGAGAGUCCUUAGGAACAUCCUAGAACCUCCAGCUCUAGGCAGAGAUGGACAGAUACCAGAGGUUCUAUUCUGGAGUACAGGAAGAAGGGGCUAGGGCAGGGGAGAGUCUCACAGGGGAAAUAAAACUACUAAAACAUG